AUGAGGGUUGCCAACCUCUUACCAAUUUUGGCCUUUCUGGCGCAAUUGCCCCGACCAUCAGAGCCCAACGAUUUUGUUGAAGUUUGCGCUGGAUGUGGCUCUCUGAGCCAUGCUCUGCGGAUGAGUGGGUAUAAUGGAAAGGAGUUUGAUAUCCUCUACUCCAAGAACCACAACCUGAUGAGAACUGUGGGCUUCGUAACUAUACUUGCUGCAGUCUGGAACACGCGUCCUGGAGGAGUCUUGGUCUUUGCGCCACCUUGCUCGUCAUGGGUGUUCCUGUCGAGGCUUUGGGGAACAGCAAAAGCUCUCUCCACCUUGGCGAGACCACUGGACAUACGGAUGCUCAAGGCUGCACUGGCAAGGAACCAAUCCAAGCCCUUGGUGAAGAAGACCAUAUCCAAGUCUUCGGGAAAGGUGACGGUGACGGGGGACAAGAGGUGUCUUCAACAGUCGGCAAAUUACCCACUGAGUUUUGGCCUGGCAAUAGCUGGAUUGGUUUCGCCAAGGGGAGCAGCUCCGUCAGUCAAACCGGACAUUCAACUUUGCCCCGAUGAUCCUGACUAUGACGAUGAUGGAGCCAUUGAUGACUUGAUCAAGGGCCGAAAAUAUGCUUCGUGGAGAAAACUCUAG